GGGUGCGGCCCAGGGCGUGGUUACCGGGGGCUACUUAGAGCAGCUCUUGCGGGGCGACUGCACGGAGGUUAGCUGCGAGGCUGCCGGGCACUCAGCACUGGUUAUGGCGUGGAUGCUGGACUGCCUUUUCGCAUCGGCCUUUGAGCCCCGCCCCCGCCGUGUGAGCGUCCUGGGAGGAGCCCCAGGACAGAACCCCGACCGCAGGAUGGACAUGGUAUCCAUACACAGCCUCUCCGAGCUGGAGCGCCUGAAGCUGCAAGAGACUGCUUACCACGAACUCGUGGCCAGACAUUUCCUCUCUCAAUUCAAGCCGGACAGAGCUCUACCCGAUGACGGCCCAAACACCCUGGAGAAGUGGGUUAUGAUCCUGAGAGGACAGGAGAGGGCUGCAUCUUUCAAGACCUUUGGCAUCCGCCUGGAAGAGGUGCUUGUGAAUGAGCUUACCCACCGCAAGCACCUCGAACUGGAAGCUGCGAUGCAGAAUGAAGAUGCUACAGGUCCUGGCCGUCGUCGUCGGGGAAAUGUGGUGCAAAGGAUGCUUGGACGCAUGAGGCGCUUUUUCAGUCGCAGGAGGAAUAAUGAACCCACCCUUCCCAGAGAGUUCACUCGCCGUGGUCGUCGAGGUGCAGUGUCCAUGGAUAGCCUGUAUGAAAUGGAGAAUGGGGCCCUGCUGCUGCAGACCCUGCAGUUUUCACACGCUUCAUUUCCUAUCGGGCAGCGACUUUUGGGAUCCAAAAGAAAGAUGAGCCUCAACCCAAUUGCUCAACAAGUCCCUCAGAUUGUUGAGACUUGCUGCAAAUUCAUUGAGAAGCAUGGCUUAAGCUCUGUGGGGAUUUUCACCAUUGAGUACUCUGUGCGCAGAGUGCUUGAGCUCCGUGAGUUAUUUGACAAAAAUCUGGAUAUUGUGCUGGAUGACAGUGUGAAUGUAAAUGAUGUGGCCGCACUCCUCAGGGAGUUUUUCCGUGAAAUGAAGGACUCUUUGCUGCCUGAUGAUCUGUACAUGUCCUUCCUCCUGACUGCAACUCUGAAGCCCCAGGAUCAGGUUUCUGCCCUGCAGCUGCUGGUCUACCUGAUGCCACCCUGCCACAGUGAUACCCUUGAACGUCUGCUGAAGGCUCUGCAUAAAAUCACUGAGAACUGCGAAGACUCCAUUGGCGUUGAUGGACAAGUGGUUCCAGGUAAUCGAAUGACUUCCACCAACUUGGCCUUGGUGUUUGGAACUGCUCUCCUGAAGAAGGGGAAGUUGGCCAAGAAAGAAUCCAGGAAGACAAAGCUGGGGAUUGAUCACUAUGUUGCAUCUGUCAACGUGGUUCGUGCCAUGAUUGAUAAUUGGGAUAUCCUCUUCAAGGUGCCCCCCCAUAUUCAGAAGCAGGUAGCUAAGCGUGUGUGGAAGUCCAGCCCUGAAGCCCUGGAUUUUAUCAGACGCCGGAACCUGAGGAAGAUCCAGAGUGCUCGCAUAAAGAUGGAAGAGGAUGCUCUACUUUCUGAUCCAGUGGAAAACUCUGCUGAAGCCGAGGCUGCUGUCCGUGCCCAGAGCCAGCCCUUUGAUGAAGACCCUGAAGGAGUUCCAGAUAUGCAGGAUAUCUUGAACUAUGGAGAGACCCUGAACUAUGACUUUGAUGAAGAUUCAGAUUUUGAAGACCAGGACCAUCUGGAUCUUGCAGAGGUUCCCUACCUCGAUGUGAUUCCAAACAACGAAGAUACUGACUCAGACAUGGAUGAAAUCCCAGAUUCAGAAGUUCCCAAUUUUGAAGAGAUCCCAUCAGCUGAUGAAACCCUAAAUGAUGAACCACCAAAUGAAGAAGAGAUCCCAGAUUAUGAAGAAUAUCCAGAAAUUAAUGAGGUUUCAGACUCUGAAGACCUUGGUUUUGAUGAAGUUCCAGCUCUACAUGUGGUCACAAGUCCCAAAGAAGUCCCUGCAGGACAUGGAGUUCCAAAUUAUGAAGAAUCCUCAGAAGUUAAUGGACUCUCAGACUCUGAUGAAGAUCCAAAUCUUGAAGAGGUUUUGGUGGUAUCCCAAGUGAUGAAGAACCCUCAGAUGCUGAAGAAAUUCCUGAUCAAGAAGAAGCUCCAGAAGUCAAUGUAG